AUGGAGAAGCCAAGCAAUGUGACUGAAUUCAUUCUUUUGGGAAUUACAAAGAAUUCAGAGCUAAAAAAAUUAUUCUCAGCUUUUUUCCUUAUCAUGUAUGUAGCUACAAUGUUGGGAAACCUACUGAUUGUGGUAACAAUAACCAGAAGCCCAGGUCUGAGAUCACCCAUGUAUUUCUUCCUGAAGUCACUAUCCCUCAUGGAGAUAACUUACUCCUCUGUAAUUACCCCCAAGUUGAUUGUGGACUCUUUCUCUGAGAACAUUUCCAUCUCACUGGAAGGGUGUAUGGCUCAGCUCUUUGCAGACCACUUCUUUGGUGGUGUGGUGAUAAUUCUUCUCAUUGUGAUGGCCUAUGACCGUUAUGUGGCCAUCUGUAAACCUCUACAUUAUAUAACCAUCAUGAGUCCUCGAGUCUGCUACCUGAUGGUGGCAUGGAGUUGGGUAGGUGGAUUUGCACAUUCAACAAUCCAGAUUCUCUUCAUGUAUCAAAUACCUUUCUGUGGCCCUAAUAUCAUAGAUCAUUUUAUGUGUGAUUUAUUUCCACUAUUGAAACUGGCCUGCAUGGAUACAUAUACUCUAGGUCUCUUAGUCAUCCUCAACAGUGGAGUGAUGUGUAUGGCCAUUUUCCUUAUUCUAACUACUUCCUAUAUUAUCAUUCUCUGCUCCCUAAAGUCCAGUAGCUCUGAAGGAAAGCUCAAAGCUCUCUCCACCUGUACUUCCCACUUCACCGUGGUUAUACUGUUCUUUGUGCCCUGUAUUUUUUUGUAUGUCAGACCUGUGGUCACUUACCCAGUAGACAAGAUAAUGGCUGUAUCUUUUACUGUUAUUGAACCAAUGUUAAAUCCUUUGAUCUAUACCUUGAGGAAUGCAGAGGUGAAAAAUGCCCUAAGGAGACUUCUGAUGGAGAAAGGGAUACUAGGUGGGCACUAG